AAGUUUUCUUGAUUUAAAGAGGUCCAGUCUAUCCUAUUUUUCGGAUUGUUGACCUAAAGUGUCGACAUUUCCAGCUGAAAUCGGACGUAGAGGGUGCACCUUUGCGCAGAGACUGGUUUGAUGCUGUGAGGCUCCUCUGGGUGCACAAAGACAGCGGCUCGCAGACGAACUUGUUCAGAGUGAACCGGGGACGCUGGGAGGCGAAAUAAACAAUCUCCGGACUCGAAGUAGCCACGACUGCGUAGUUUUACCUCGUCAAACACACUAUUCCACCACACAUCCAACAAAUACAAGGUUACAGGAGUGUGCUGGUAGGACUGUGUGGUGCAGCAGGCCACUGUUGGCGGCAUGGUGAAGGUCCAGAAGUCAACUAGGAGGAAGAGCUCUCACUGUCUGCGCAGACUGGAGAGCGGUGGUCAGACAGGGAUGGAGGAAGGCCGGCUCCUUUCAGACAGCAAGCAACCACAACAGGAGGAGCCCCAAAGAGCAGACCAGUCCUCCGAUCAAGCCCAGGUCCAGACCUCUGUUUCAGAUGAGGCUGUGUCGGAAACUCUGAAGGAUGACCAGGAAAAGAGCGACUCUGAGGCCCAGCUCCAGGCAAAGCCUCUAUGGAAGCCCAUUCCCCCUCUGAUGCCUGAGUCCCACAGGAACGCCACCACUGGAACCAGGGACCAAAUCUGCCAGACUGAGGAGUGGCUUCAGCAUACCAGCGCCGGCAGCCACGGUCAUAACACAGGUCUGUGUGUGGAGCCUGGAGAUCCUCCUCUACUCCAGCAGCCUCUGCAGACAUCCAAGUCAGGGAUUCAGCAGAUAAUUGAAUGCUUCCGUUCAGGCACGAGCCAGCUGAAGCACAUGCUGCUGAGGGAGGUGGACACCAUCUUUGAAUGUAAACUGUGUCGCAGUCUGUUCAGAGGCCUGCCCAACCUCAUUACACAUAAAGAGUACUACUGCCUAUCACGGCUGCCCGAACCCGACGGUCCCUCGGGUGAUGACAGACAGAGUGUUGCCAUGAAGGAUUUAUUGGACGCCAUAUAUCCGAGAGCCCCAGACUACGUGGUCCGACUGGAGCCCAUUCAGACCACUACCAAGGCCGUGUUCCAGUACCUCACCACAGAGGAGGAGCUUGCUAGAUUUCCCUCGCACACACCCAGUGCCAGAGAGAGUCCAGUAGCAUGGGAAGGAGAACCAGUGGAGGGUGGGGACAACAACCAGCCAAGCCAGCCAGUAGGGCCAGAGACCCAAAGCAGCCCGGGACAAAAUCAGGGACAGAAGAAAUGGGAGGCUGAGGAGGAGGCUAAAGAGGAGCAGCCACAGCAGGAAGACGAGGGGUCCACCAGUGGGGUUGAGGAUGUGACAAUCUCUUGUUGUCUCUGCGGUCAGGACUUUAACUCACGCCGCAGCAUCAGACGUCACUGCCGCAAAAUGCACCAGACCAAACUCGAAGAGCUCCGAAAGUUCACAGAGACACGUACAGUUCCCACAAGCCUACUCUCUAUGGUGAAAGGUCGUCCAAGGACUCUCAGCACACCUACUGGAAAAUCCUGCCCAGUGUGCCUCAAAACCUUUGCUACCAAAGCCAACGUACGACGCCAUUUUGACGAGGUGCAUCGGGGUCUACGGCGGGACACCAUCACACCGAGCAUCGCCUCAAGGCCUGGCCUGCCCUUCUCUCUGGAGGUCACACCCCCCAGAAAGAGCAACAAUGCCUCUCCAACACGUGGCCACAACUCCAAGUCCACCCCUGUGACCCCUAAAACAACACAUUCCAACCAAAACCAGUCCAAACAACAGAGUCAGCCCGUAGCCCCUCUACAGGCGGCACCGACCUCAUGUCGUUGCACACACUGCAAGAGGAACUACAGCUCUCAGCUCAUGUUGAAGAGACACAUGCGUAUUGUCCACAAAAUAUACAGCAUCAAAAAUAACAAGUCUGCUACCAUGGCAACGUCCUCUACUCCAGCAGCCACACCUAGUGGUAAUAGCAGCGCUAACUUAGGCCCAAGCAACAACAUCCAAGUGAAAGAGGAAGCAGUAGAACCUUCAGAUGACGACGAGGAUGGAGAAGACAUUGACAGUAGUCCGGCCCCUUCUCCCAGUGAUAGCACUGGGACAGCUAAACGGGUUUCUGUGACACACAACACUAUGAAGGUGAAGGAAGAGGAGGCCCCGUCGAGCCCAAAGAUGACACCAUCCUUAUCUUCGCCAUCUUUGCGUGGUGGCAACAUGUGCAGCGGGGGUGUGCCCGCCAAAAUGACCAAACUGUCAGUGGGUUUUGAUUUCAAGCAGCUCUUCUGCAAGCUGUGCAAGCGACAGUUCAGCUCACGUCAGAACUUAACAAAGCACAUUGAGCUGCACACGGAUGGCAAUGACAUCUUCAUCAAGUUCUACCGCUGCCCUCUCUGUCGCUACGAGUCUCGUCGCAAACGUGACGUCCUGCGUCAUGUGACUGUGGUCCACAAGAAAUCAUCUGGAUACCUUGGCAAGAUCAUGCCCAAACUGGAGAGCAGGGCGGUAAAGAGGCUAGCUGAGGUAGUCCUCAACAGUACGACCCCCAACAAGAGGACAAGUGGCAGCGUCAAAGAGGAAGUUAACGGACGUCAAGCUUCUUCACCAUCUUCCUCCUCUUCUUCACCCCCUGUCACUCGCAAGCUAGAGUGCUCUGUGGCUGCCACAACCACUUCAUCAGCUUCAUCUUCCUCAUCUUCCUCCGCCCCGCCUCCUGCCCCUGUCACUCGGAAACAGCUGGACCUUUCAUUGCCAGCGGUCACCCCCUCCCCUCCUGUCACCCGCAAGCAGGAGAGGGAGCAGACCCACCAGCCUCGUCCUAUUAGCCCCCCGCUGACCCGCCGCAGUGAAAAACACACACACCAACGCAACUCCUCCUCCACUACUCCACCCAUCAACCAAACCCCACACACUCGGCGGCACGACACCCAGUCAGAGAGCAGCGGCACAGGGUCGUCAUCCUCCACUGAAGUCAGAGUGACCAAGAAUUUUUCCCUCCACGCCUGCGACCAGUGUGGGCGGGCCUUUGCCAAGAAGCUGUACCUGGAGUCUCACAAGCGAAGUCAUCGUAACGCAGGGACUGCAGCAGCCAGCAAGAGGAAAGGAGUCAGCACCCGCUCCAAAUCCCUGGUCUGGUGAAACACAAACACUUCUGCCGGGGAUAAUGGACGAACGAGCCACUAACAAUGAAGAAGUGAAUCAAAACUUUUAAUUGGGACAAUAAUGGACAAAUGGAACGAGCACAGAGCAGAGAUGAAGGAAACAAACAAAAGGAACAAUGGAGCAUGAUAGAGGAGUGAAGUACAAAGGAUUAUCAGCUUUUGCUUAAGAACCAAACAAUUUGUUGGAAUCUGAAUUUUUUGUAUAGGAUUAUUAUGAAGCCGUCCAGCCUGCUGGAUGGUGGCGCUGCUAUCCAUGAAGAGACUGUAGCUAACAGAAGAUUCACUACCACUGUAUAUAUCUGCAUUUACUUCCAAUAGUAUGUAGAUUAGGGCUGGGUGAUAUGGCGAAAAAUCAGAUAUCGCGAUAUUCUAGUCCCAAUACCUCGAUGUUGAUAUUGUGGAGAUAUUACAGGGUGACAAUUGGUGCUUUAACAGUAUGGUGACACAGAAAAUGACAUCACUUUACUGUAAUGCAGCCUUUAAAACCAGGAAAAGACAACACUUAACCCAUUAACAACGUGUCAACUUCCAAAAUAUGAGAUGAUAUCUAGUCUCAUAUCACGAUAUCAGUGUAA